AUGUCAGGCGCCAGCGAGAAGACUCAGCAGUCACGCCGCCGCCUGGCCCGCCAGGUGGAAGAGCUCGACCUGCUCGUGCUCACCCCAUUGGCGUCUAGCUGCCACACCCUGGCCCACCCAGCGCCCAGCAUCUCAGCGUGGCCAGCUGCAGCGGCUGGGCCCACCAGUGGCGCCUCCGCCACCGCCGCCUCCAACCCGCUCGACUGGCCGCGCCUGCCGGGCAGCUGCGACCCCGCGUCCGCGAUACGGGCCGGCGCAAGCAGCCGGCCAGACGCGGACUCGGAGAAGCAGGCGGCGCGCGCCCACCGCAAGCGGCUGCAGGUCGAGAGCUUUGCCAUUCCCCUGUGCUCCCUGCUCGGCCCGCCCCCCGGCCGGCGGCCGCUGCGGGUCGUAGACUUUGGCAGCGGCACCGGCAACCUGCUGCUCCCCCUGGCGGCCGCGUGGCCGGCGUGCGAGUGGGUUGCGGUGGAGAUGAAGCCGCAGCCGCUGCGGAUCCUGCAGCAGCGCGCUGACGAGGCGGGGCUCACAAACGUCCGCGUCUGCCAGGGUAUGAUCGAGCAGUGGCAAGGCCCCUUUGACGUGGCGCUCGCGCUGCACGCCUGUGGCAACGCGACCGACCGAGUACUGCAGAUGGCGGUCGCGCGGCGCGCCGCCUAUGUGUGCUCGCCCUGCUGCGUCGGCAAGCUGAAGUUCUCCCUCCAAGGGGGCACCUCAUUCCACUCGCGGCUGCAGAGCUACACCCCGCAGCAGGCUGGGGACAACCCGGCGGAGCGGUUGCCGGUUGCCGUGGCACUGCAGCUGCAGCAACAGCAACAGCAGCAGCAGCACCAGCAGCAGCAGCAGCAGCAGCAGCAGCAGCAGCAGGAGCAGCAGCAGCAGGAGCAGCAGCAGCAGCAGCAGCAGCAGAGAAGGCAGGCGAUGGGCGAGGAACCUGGCCGGGUGCAUCACACAGUCCAGGCUUUUUCAGAUGCCACCCCUUUGGAAGCUCGGGAGGCUGCCGCAGACACCAGAUGUGCUGCCGCCGCAAGCUGUCCAACUCUUCAACGGCACCGUCUAGAGGCGGGCUGCCAGCCAGGCGCAGCGGGGCAGGGUGGGGUGAGCGGCAGCGGGCUGGGGCUGGAGCCUUUGGAGCACCCGCGGUCGGCCUGGCUGCGUCGCCACCUGCCAGACCCAGAGCGCCACUUCAGACUGCUGGCGCGAGUCGCGGACAUUGCCCACGCCCCAGCGGAACAGGCGCAGCUCGCGGAGGCACUGCAAGCGCGCGCGCAUGUCGCCGCGGCGGCAAAGGCGGCGAUCGAGCUUGACCGGAAUGCAGCGGCGGAGGAGGCCGGGUAUGUGACUGGGCUGUUCAAGGUGCUGGGCGCUGCUGAAAUGGCAAAGAACGACCUGAUUGUGGGCGUGCCGGGCCAGGGGUGGGGUGAGGCGCAGGAGGGGAGUCUGAAAGGGUUGGAUGCCCCCACCGACCGUCAGCGCCGCCUGCUGCUGCAGGCGCACCGCAGCGAGCAGCACCCCGCCACCGGGCGCCUCAGGUGCCGCGUGUGCGGGCGCGCCUUCUCGGCCCACAGCUUCCUGGCGCAGCACCUGCAGGCAGCCCAUGGCGGUGUCAAUGACGAGACCGCCAAAGUGCGCCAGCUGGCCGCUGCCGCUGCCGCCACUGCGGCCGCCGCCGCUGUGGGUGAACCUGGCGAGCGGCCGCCACAGCCCGCGCCCGCUGGUUUGACCGACGCGGACUUCCCCGCCCUCGGCAGCAGCGGCGCCGUCGCGCCGCGCACCUGGGCGACCGGCGGCGCCGGCCAGGGCCCUCGCGCGCCGCCCGAGGCGGCGUGGCCCACGGCCGGGCCGGCGCAGGCGCGCGCGCCCGGGGCGGGGGCCGGGGUACCCGCCCGCAUGCCGCCGGGGCCGGUGGCGGUCAGCCUACUGGACCUGGUGCGGCGGCCUGCGCCUGCUGGCAGUGGUGGUGCCGCGCCGCACCAGCGCCGGGUCACGCGCCUGAAGCAGCAGCAGCGCGCCGGGGCGCCGCGGCGCCAGGCGGCCGCGGAGGCGGCGGCCAUCCUGGCCGCGGCGGAGGCUCAGGGGCUGCGGCCGCUGAGGGGCCCCGGCGCCGCCGCGGUGGGCGGCCUGCGGCGGCGCAAGAAGAAGGUGAGCCGCCUGCGGCGCCUGGUGGUGCGGGAGAGGGCGGACCGUGCGCUGGGGGCGGCGACGCGCGCGGCUGCACAGGCGGGGGCGGCGCUGGCGCAGCUGGAGGCUGAGGUGGCGUCCCUAAGGGCACGGCUGGAUGUCGCGGCUGCGGCUGAGAGCCCGCAGCAGCAGCAGUACCAGCAGCAGCAAGAUGACGAGCGGCAGCACGGUGAUCAGCAGCAGCAGCAGCAGCAGCAGCAGCAGCAGCAGCAGCAGCAGCAGCAGCAGCAGCAACAGGGCCAGCAGCAGCAGCAGCAGCGAAGCCAGGAGCAGCCAGGCGGCGAGGCGACUGCUGUGUUGCGGCUGGCGUGCAGCAAGGCGGAGGCGAAGCUGGCAGCAGCAACGGCGGUGGUGGAGCGUUUGCAGGGGGAACAGGCCGCGGCGCAGGCGGCGCGAGACGCGGCCUAUGGAGUCGAGUCGGAGGGCGCCCAGUCUGAAGGCUCUUUGAAGGACAGCCCUCCGACCACUGCGGACACAGCCGAAGGUGCAAGCGGCGCUUUGCAGCAGGGGGAGCAGCCGCCGGAGCCGGGGUCGCCCCAGGCCACGGCGGUGGGACUGCCGUGCGGGCCGCCGGCAGACGCUGAUGAGCAGGGGCCGCGCCAGUCGUCGCCGGCGCCCCGGCCGCAGCCUCAGCGGCAGCCACGAGCGCAGGCGUCCUUCGGCGGGCUCGCGCUGGGCGGCGGCUGGGGCGGCGGCGGCGACGAAAGCGAGGGCUCGUGGACUGAGGAGAGCAGCAGUGACGGCAGCGACGCAGGGCUUGGUGCCUUCAACGCGACGCUGCUGGUCGUCAAGGGGGCAGCCGCGGGCCUCUCCAACCGGCGCAUAGGUGCGGCCUUCAAGGCGGCGCAGGCGGCCCGCAGUCAGGCGUCCGGCCAGCAGCAGGCGGGGCAGGCGUCGCCCCCGGUGGAUCAGGCGCGGCCGCAGCAGCAAGUGCUGCCGCAGCAAAAGCAGGAGGGUGAGGAAACGCACAAGCAGGAGCCAGAGGCGGACGAUGGGAAAGUUGAGGAACCGGAGCAGCAGAGCGAGCAGCAGCAGGAGCGGCAGCAGCAGGAGCAGCAGAAGGAAAGGCAGGAGCCGCCAACUCAGCGGCACCAGGAACAGCUGCUGCCGCCGCAGCGGCCGCCGCAGCAGCAACAGCAGCGGCAGCAGCAGCCGCAGCGGGGGCGCGAGGCGCGCACCCACGCGGCACUGUAUGGCAACGCCCCAGAUUCUGAUGAGAGCAGCUCCAGCGGCUUUGACUCCGAUGACGACGCAGCGGCUCCGGCCCUGCCAAAUUGGACAGACGCCAUUGGCGUGCCGGGUGGCGCGACCGCCAUCGCCGCCGCCGUGAGGGCGGUGCAGCUCAAGCAGGUGGCGCACCAUCGGCCGCUGCAGCAGCAGGGCGGGGCGGUCGCGGCGCAAGCGCAGCAGCAACCGCAGCAGCAACAACAGCAGCAGCAGCAGCAGCAGCAGCAGCAGCGGCAGCAGCAGCAGCAGCAGCCGAGGCAGCAGCUGAGGCAGCAUCAGCAGCAGCAGCAGCAGCAGCAGCAGCAGCAGCAGCAGCAGCCGAGGCAGCAGCAGCCGAGGCAGCAGCAGCAGCAGCAGCAGCAGCAGCAGCAGCAGCAGCAGCAGCAGCAGCAGCAGCAGCAGCAGCAGCAGCAGCAGCAGCAGCAGCAGCAGCAGCAGCAGCAGCAGCAGCAACUCAUGGAUCAGCGUUUGCAGGGUCCCGAUGGGGCCGGGCGGCAUGGACGCCAGGAGAAGCAGCCGCCGCCGCGGCCCAGCCAAGCGCCGGCGCCCGCUCAGCCGCCGCCGCCAUCACCCCUCCGCGACGCCGCCGCCACCCCUGCUGCCACCAGCACGCCACGUGCGGCCGCCGCGCGCGGCCCCACGCCGCCCUCGCCGACGGAUGCCGCACGGCUGCCCAGCCUGAGGGCGCCGCAGGCUGACGAGCCGGCGCAGGGGCAUGCUGGUCCGGCUCAUCCCAUAAUGCUGGCCUCGGCACUGCCAGCCGCGCACGCCGCAGGCGCCUCCCCCACCAGCGGGCGCCUGGCCCCGUUGUCGCCGUGGCUCAGCGGCAGCAUUUGGGGCGCCGGCGGCGUGCAGGGGCAGGGGCCGGGCGGUGAUGGUGGCGGGGGUGGCGGCGGGUUGCUGCCGGUGCUCCCAGGGCUUGAGCAACUGCAGCGCGUCCGCGCUGACAGCGAAAGCAGCGGCGCGAGCGCCCUGGCGGGCGGGAGCCCCAUGUAUGCCGGCUCAGGUGGCAGCGGCGUCGGCAGCGGCGGCGGCAGCGGCGGCGGGAGCGUUGGCGGCGGCGGCCAGCCAGCGCAGCAGCAGCAGCACAAACAGCUGCAGCAACACCAGCGGCACCAGCAGCAGCAGCAGUGGCAGCUGCCGCAGCUGCGAAUUGGCGUGGAGAGCGCAGCUCACGCUAAGCCAGACAGCACGCCCACUGCCGCCGCCGCUGCGGCCGCGCUGGAGAGCUUGCUGAGCGGAGGCCGCGACGCAGGCCCCGUGACGGGGGCGGAGCCCCCAUUGGCAGGCGGCGACGGUGGCUUGCAGACUCAGGCGCAGGCGCAGGUGGUGGGGACGCCCAAGAACCUGCGGCCGCUGCUGGUGUUACCCGCCAACCAGGCGCCUGUGUCACCCGGGGCCUUGGGCGGCGUUGAAAGCCCCGGCCUUGUGCAGCAGCAGCCUCGCCUGCGGAUGCAGCAGGAGCAGCAGCCGGCCCAGCAGCUGCUGCAGCUGCAGCACGACCUGCAGCAGGUGCAGCAGCAAGAGCAAGCGCAGCAGGGACAGCAGGCACAGCACGCACGGCAGACACAGCAGCAGCAGCAGCAGCAGCAGCAGCAGCAGCAGUCACAGCAGGAGCAGGAGCUGUUGCAACUGCAGCUUCAGCUGCUGCAGCUGCACCAGCUGCAGGAGCGGCAGCAGCAGGAGCAGGAGCAGGCCAAUAUGCUGGCUUUGCUGGGGGGCAGCCCGGUCAUUGGGGGGAGCCCCAUCCAGGGGGGGAGUCCAGUCAUGGGCGGGAGCCCAACAUAUGGCGCGGGGCCGGACUACACCGCCGCAGUGGAUGCUGCCCUGCUGGCGGCCGCGGCGGCCGCCGCCGCUGGCGGCUCUCCGCUGCUGGGCGGCUCCCCGCUGCUGCGCGGCAUCCCGCACGGCGGCCCGCAGCUCGGCGGCGGCAGCCCGCCGCCGCUGCUGGCGCUGGACUCGUCGGCGCCGCUGCUCAGCGGGGCGGGCGGGCCCGCCGGCUUCUCGGGGCUGCUUUCGGGCGGCAGCUUGCAGCUGGGGGCGCAACCCGCAUUGCUUGACGGGGCUCAACACCAGCACCAGCACCAACAGCAGCAGCACCACCAUCAGCAGCAACAGCACAUGCAUCAAGGCGGCGCGGGCGUCAGGUUGGACCCGCUCCUGCUGCAGGGGCUGCCCUUUGACGCCAGCAGUGCCGCGUCCCCCCCCGCCGGCUCGAGCGUCGUCGACGGCGGCAGCCCCCACCGCCCUCCCUUGCUCGUCGCCCUCGGAAGCGGCGCCCCGGCCGGCCUGACGACUCCCGGCCUCGCGGCGCUGCAGCAGCAGCUCUCCGCAGGCCACUCGCAUGCCGGCGCGCCGCCAGAACCCGCCGGCGGCGGCAGCUCCAGCAGCGGCUCCGUGGGCGCGGCCGCCGCUGCCGCUGCCGCGGUGGUCGCUGCGGCGGCGGCGGCGGCGAUGCGGCGGACGAGCCUGGACAGCGCCAGCAUGGCGCGCAACCUCAGCCGCCUCAGCCUGGCCGGCGCCGGCGCGGGCGCCAGCCACCCCGCGAGCGUCGCGAGCGUGUUUGGCGGCAGCCCCUCUGGCGGCAGCCCCUACGGCAGCAGCCCCACCGCUGGCACCAGCUCGGCGUCGUCUGGGGCGGUGGCGCAGCCCUUUGUCGCGCUUGCGGCCGCCGUGGCGGCGGGCGACGCGAUGGCGGCGGCCGCCCGGCAAGGCCCGCAGCAGCAGCAUCAUCAUCAGCAGGCUCAGCAGCAGGAGCGGCCACAGCAGCCCUCAGCCCACAAUCACUAUCAGCAGCAGCAGCAGCAGCACCCGCCGCCGCAACGGCAACAGCAACAGCAUCCGCACCAGCCGUCGUACUACCAUAACAAUAAUCAGCAGCAGCAGCAGCAGUCGCAGCACUUCCAGCCCGGCCUUGAGGCGGCAAUGGCUGCCGGCGACCUGGGCGGCGCCUACGGCCUCGCCCCCGGCAUGUACGGCCUCCACGGCGGCGGCUACAUGCAGGCGGCGCCGCCGAUGCCGGGCGGCGGCAUGCUGCCGGGCGGCGCCGGGUACCUGUUUGUGGGGGCGCCGGGGUACGACUCCCUGCCGUCGCUGCAGGUGCUGCAAAGCAUGCAGGGCGUGCCCAUCGGCUCGAUGUACCCGCCGACGGCGGGCCUUACAUAG